AUGUCGUUUGAAGUCGGUACACGAUGCUGGUAUCCUCACAAAGAAUUGGGCUGGAUUGGGGCGGAAGUGAUCAAGAAUGAGUUCAAUGAUGGUCAGUAUCAUCUGGAAUUGCAAUUGGAGGACGAUGAAGUGGUAUCUGUUGACACAAAAGAUUUGAAUAACGAUAAGGAUCAAUCUUUGCCGCUUCUUAGAAACCCUCCCAUUCUAGAAGCCACGGAAGAUUUAACGUCUCUAUCAUAUCUAAAUGAGCCAGCAGUCUUACACGCGAUCAAACAACGGUAUUCUCAAUUGAACAUCUACACAUACUCGGGUAUUGUGUUGAUUGCUACUAACCCUUUCGACCGCGUGGACCAGCUUUAUACCCAAGACAUGAUUCAGGCUUAUGCGGGCAAGCGAAGGGGUGAAUUGGAACCUCACUUGUUUGCCAUUGCUGAAGAAGCCUAUAGAUUAAUGAAAAAUGAUAAACAGAACCAGACAAUUGUGGUGAGUGGUGAGUCUGGUGCCGGUAAAACGGUCUCUGCUAAGUAUAUUAUGCGUUAUUUCGCUUCUGUGGAAGAGGAAAACUCGACAACUGUGCAACAUCAAGUAGAAAUGUCUGAAACUGAACAAAAGAUUCUGGCUACAAACCCUAUAAUGGAAGCAUUUGGUAACGCAAAGACUACCAGAAACGAUAAUUCUUCCAGAUUUGGUAAGUAUCUUGAGAUUUUAUUUGAUGAAAACACGUCUAUCAUCGGGGCAAGAAUUCGCACAUACCUACUGGAGCGUUCCAGAUUAGUUUACCAACCUCCAAUCGAAAGAAACUACCACAUAUUUUAUCAAUUGAUGGCUGGUUUACCAGCCCAAAUUAAAGAGGAGCUACACCUUACAGAUGCCUCGGAUUAUUUCUAUAUGAACCAAGGUGGCGAUACCAAGAUCAAUGGUAUUGACGAUUCUAAGGAGUACAAAAUCACCGUAGAUGCGUUGACUUUAGUCGGCAUCACCAAGGAAACUCAGCACCAAAUAUUCAAGAUAUUAGCCGCACUUCUACAUAUUGGUAACAUAGAAAUCAAGAAAACUAGAAACGAUGCCUCACUAUCUGCUGAUGAGCCAAACCUGAAACUCGCGUGCGAAUUGCUUGGAGUUGACGCGUACAACUUUGCUAAAUGGGUCACAAAAAAACAAAUUAUCACAAGAUCAGAGAAGAUUGUUUCAAACUUAAACUAUAACCAGGCUUUGGUUGCCAAAGAUUCUGUUGCCAAGUUCAUUUAUUCUGCUCUUUUUGAUUGGCUUGUGGAAAACAUUAACACAGUAUUAUGCAACCCAGCCGUCAAUGAUCAAAUUAGCUCAUUUAUCGGUGUCUUAGAUAUUUAUGGAUUUGAACACUUUGAGAAAAAUUCAUUUGAACAGUUUUGUAUCAACUAUGCGAACGAAAAAUUACAACAAGAGUUUAAUCAACAUGUUUUCAAAUUGGAACAAGAAGAAUACGUUAAAGAAGAAAUUGAGUGGUCGUUUAUAGAAUUUAAUGAUAAUCAACCUUGUAUUGAUCUGAUUGAGAAUAAAUUGGGUAUUUUAUCACUACUUGAUGAAGAAAGUAGAUUACCUGCCGGUUCUGACGAAUCUUGGACUCAGAAAUUAUAUCAAACUUUGGACAAAUCUCCUACUAAUAAAGUUUUCUCUAAACCGAGAUUUGGUCAAACUAAAUUUAUUGUGAGUCAUUAUGCCCUAGAUGUGGCAUAUGACGUGGAGGGAUUCAUUGAAAAAAAUAGAGAUACCGUCUCUGACGGACAUUUAGAAGUGCUAAAGGCAUCUACCAACGAGACAUUGAUUAAUAUAUUGGAAGGAUUAGAAAAAGCUGCCAAAAAAUUGGAAGAAGCUAAAAGACUUGAAUUGGAACAAGCCGGUAGUAAAAAACCGGGACCAACAAGAACAGUUAAUAGAAAACCUACUCUAGGUUCCAUGUUCAAGCAAUCUUUGAUUGAACUAAUGAAUACCAUUAACUCAACUAAUGUCCAUUACAUUCGUUGUAUAAAGCCUAAUGCAGAUAAGGAAGCUUGGCAAUUUGAUAAUUUAAUGGUAUUAUCUCAACUCAGAGCAUGCGGUGUUUUAGAAACCAUUAGAAUAUCUUGUGCUGGUUUUCCCUCUAGAUGGACUUUUCAAGAAUUUGUUUUAAGAUAUUACAUUUUGAUACCACAUGAACAGUGGGACCUAAUUUUCAAGAAAAAGGAAACCACAGAAGAAGACAUCAUAUCAGUCGUGAAAAUGAUUUUAGAUGCUACCGUAAAGGAUAAAUCCAAAUACCAAAUUGGUAAUACAAAAAUCUUCUUUAAAGCAGGUAUGCUUGCAUAUUUGGAAAAACUGAGGAGCAAUAAAAUGCAUAAUUCUAUCGUCACCAUUCAAAAGAAAAUCAGAGCAAAAUAUUACCGCAACCAGUAUUUGCAAACGUGUCACGCCAUUAAACAUGUGCAGAGCAACAUUAAGGGAUUUAUCAUUCGUCAACGCGUUGAGAAUGAAAUGAAAGUUGAUUGUGCCACUCUAUUGCAAGCCGCUUAUAGAGGUCAUGCGAUUCGUGCUAAUGUGUACAGUGUAUUGGAAACCAUCAUAAAUCUGCAAACGAAGAUUAGAAAGGAACUAAAACAAAGACAACUAAGACAGGAACAUGAAUAUAACGCUGCGGUGACUAUUCAGAGUAAAGUCAGAACUUUCGAGCCAAGAUCUAAAUAUUUGCACACUAAGAGGAAUACUGUUGUCGUCCAAUCAUUAGUCAGAAGAAGAGCUGCUCAACGAAAAUUGAAGCAAUUGAAAGCAGACGCUAAAUCGGUCAAUCAUUUAAAAGAAGUAAGCUAUAAAUUGGAAAAUAAAGUUAUUGAGUUAACGCAAAAUCUAGCAUCUAAGGUCAAAGAAAAUAAAGAAAUGACAGAAAGGAUCAAAGAAUUACAAGUUCAGGUGGAGGAAAGUGCCAAAUUACAAGAAACAUUGGAAAACAUGAAAAAGGAGCACUUGAUUGAUAUUGAUAAUCAAAAGACAAAAGAUAUGGAGCUGCAAAAAACUAUUGAAGACGAUUUGAAAUCCACCGAGCAAAGUCUAAAAGACGCUCAAUUAGAAUUAGAAGAAAUGGCCAAACAACAUGAUCAAUUGAAAGAAGAUUCUAUGAAAAAAUUGGAAGAAUUAGAGCAAACGAAGAAAUCAUUGGUCGAAUACCAAACCUUAAACGGAGAUUUGCAGAAUGAAGUUAAAUCAUUAAAGGAAGAAAUAGUUAGAUUACAAACUGCCAUGUCACUGGGCACCGUUACGACUAGCGUAUUACCUCAAACACCAUUGAAGGAUGUAUUGGGAGGUGGUGCUCCAAACUACAAUAGUAUGAUGCUUGAAAAUUCGGACUUGUCACCUAAUGACCUGAAUCUAAAAUCUAGAUCCACUCCGUUAUCUGGAAAUAAUCACAUUGAUUCACUGAGUGUCGAUCGUGAAAACGGGGCCAAUGCUACACAAAUUAACGAAGAGCUAUACAGGUUAUUGGAAGAUACUGAAAUAUUGAAUCAAGAAAUUACAGAAGGCUUAUUAAAGGGAUUUGAAGUCCCAGAUGCUGGCGUGGCUAUUCAACUAAGCAAAAGAGACGUUGUUUAUCCCGCUAGAAUUUUGAUUAUUGUUCUGAGUGAAAUGUGGAGGUUUGGGUUAACAAAGCAAAGUGAAAGUUUCCUUGCUCAAGUGUUAACUACAAUUCAAAAAGUUGUCACCCAAUUAAAAGGCAAUGAUUUAAUCCCAAGCGGUGUUUUCUGGUUGGCGAACGUUAGAGAACUGUACUCAUUUGUGGUGUUUGCCUUAAAUUCUAUUCUAACUGAAGAAACAUUCAAAAAUGGUAUGACCGAUGAAGAGUAUAAAGAGUAUGUUUCGUUGGUUACAGAACUAAAAGACGAUUUUGAAGCACUAAGUUAUAAUAUUUACAACAUUUGGUUGAAGAAAUUACAAAAGCAACUGCAAAAGAAGGCCAUCAAUGCUGUAGUUAUCUCUGAAUCGCUACCAGGAUUCAGUGCAGGAGAAACUAGUGGGUUUUUAAAUAAGAUCUUUGCUAACACUGAAGAAUAUACAAUGGACGAUAUUUUGACUUUUUUCAACAGCAUAUACUGGUGUAUGAAAUCUUUCCAUAUUGAAACUGAAGUGUUCCAUGCUGUAGUGACCACUUUGCUCAAUUACGUGGAUGCAAUUUGUUUCAAUGAAUUGAUUAUGAAGCGUAAUUUCUUGUCAUGGAAAAGAGGCCUUCAAUUGAACUAUAAUGUCACUAGAUUAGAGGAGUGGUGCAAGACGCACGGAUUAACCGAUGGUACUGACUGCCUACAGCAUUUGAUUCAAACCGCUAAGCUGUUGCAAGUCCGUAAAUAUACUAUUGAAGAUAUUGAUAUCCUAAGAGGAAUUUGUUAUUCGUUGACGCCUGCACAGUUGCAAAAAUUGAUAUCACAAUAUCAGGUGGCGGAUUACGAGUCUCCAAUUCCACAGGAGAUCUUAAGAUAUGUUGCUGACAUCGUCAAGAAAGAGGCUGCAUUAUCUACAUCAGGCAAUGAUUCUAAAGGUCACGAGCAUAGCAGCGGUAUUUUUAUCACUCCAGAAACAGGUCCGUUCACUGACCCCUUCAGUUUAAUAAAGACCAGAAAAUUCGACCAAGUGGAGGCCUAUAUACCAGCAUGGUUAUCUUUACCUUCAACUAAGAGAAUAGUUGAUCUUGUUGCCCAGCAAGUCGUUCAAGACGGCCAUCAAAAUUAA